AUGGCAAACCCGACCUCCCCACAAAGGAUUCCCCGCCUGCGCUCAUCCCGCAGUGCCCUCGUCUCCGAACGGUGGCAAGCCAUCGCCCACCGUGACGCUACCAUCGACUCUUUUGUUUACGGCGUUCUCACCACCAAGAUUUACUGUCGCCCGUCGUGUUCAGCUCGCUUGGCCCGGCGCGCCAACGUCUGUUUUUACGAUACCCCAGCGCAAGCCGAGCAAGCCGGGUUCCGGCCCUGUAAGCGUUGCCGGCCACACUCUGGGCAGACCGCGGCUCAGAGUAAUCCCCAAGCAGCGAUGGUGGACAGGGCAUGCACAAUGAUUCGAGAGCAUGUGGCCGCGGGGCUGAAACCGAGGCUGCAAGACCUGGCAACGCAGGCUGGCUUGACGCCCAGUCAUUUCCAUCGCAUGUUUAAGAAGCACAUGGGCUUGACGCCCGGGCAGUAUGCGAGUGAUGUUGCUCACAGGGACAUGGCGCCGUCAGCAUCGAGGACACCUUCGACGCCCGAGCUUGAAACGCUGCAACAGGAUCUAGUGGUGAAUGGGGAUCGAUCGGAUCUGCUGAAUCUAGAUCAGGGUGAGGGCCAGAGCAGGGACCUGGCGGGUAUGCUGACUCCCGGAUCUGGCGAUUUUCCUGUCAUUCCAGACGAGCCCUGGAAUGACUUCGACGUGCUGUUGGCGGCAGACCAGGAUCCGCCAUGGUUGCUGGAUUCCUUGAUUGACCCCAAGAUUUCGGCUGAGUCAGGGCAAGGAAGUAACCAAGUAGUUUUUCCAAUUUAA